CCCUGAACAACGCGACACGACGCAGCAAACGCAGCGGCACAAACACGCACAGUAUGUGUACGUACGCGGUACUUGGGAGCGUGCCUGCAUGCACGCGUGUACCCAAGCUAUGCAUACACACACACACAUGUGCAUGGGCAGACAGGACAGGUGUCGUCGUCGUCGUUGUCGUCGUCGCCGUCGUCGACUCUGGCUCUCGCGCGUUGGAUCGUAGGAGCGUGCCCCGAGCGUGUUGAGAUAUGGAAUCGCGGAGCAGAAGGCUCAAAACGACCAGCUCCGUGCCAAGCCGCUCCAUCGCGCAGGGGCCACCCCUGCACGCGACCUGUCCCUCCACCCCCGCAUGCAUGCACCACCACCACCACGUCCACUUUGCCUUUGCAUCCCGUCUCACCACCACCCUCUGCGCCCUCGCCCAUCGCCAAUCACGCCUCUCGCAUUCCUCAUCCACUAUGCUAAGCCUAUGCUUGCUUCACGCACCAUGCUCAGCCGAGGCUCCCAGCAUUUCGGGCCUGGAACUGCUUUGCUCUCUCUUGGAACCAUUGUUUCUGCUUCACCAUCAGCAAUGCAUGCCAAUAUCUAGUAGUCGCAGCAGCGCGUCAAAUUCGGGCCACCUAGACCGUUCCAACAUUGACGCUUCCGAUAUUUCGCUUGGCGCAACUACUCAGCAGAGCAUCACAUCUUCCUUUUCGAGAUCUCACCACCCGAACCGACCACAGGUCCUUUCCGCCUCUCUUGUUGCUGCGUUCUAGGCCGCUGCUCGAAUAACGCAAUCCAGCACGCAAAACGAGGGCACGGUCGAUACGAUUGUUGGUGUGCCGUGCUGCCGCGUAUGCGAGAGUCGCGGGCGGCCCUGUACAUGCAUUGACUUUUGUCUUCUCGUACAAAGAUACGGUCGUUCCGGUGUGGCAGCAUUUACCGAGACUUUGUUUCCCGCCUCCUGGUCCUGCUGAGUCGCUGCCCAGAAGAACCCCGCUUAUACGCUG